AUGUGAUCAGCUGUGUCCAAUCACAGCUGAUCUCAUCAGUGCCACCUGUCAGUGUCCAUCAGUGCCACAUCAAUGCCACAUAUUAGUGCCUACCAGUGCACAUCAAUGCCACAUAUCAGUGCCCAUCUGAGCUGCCAGUCAGUGCCACCUAUCAGUGCUGCCUAUCAGUGUGCAUCAGUUCCGCCAGUCAGUGCCACCUAUCAGUGCCAUAUAUGAGUGCUGCCUUUCAGUGCCCAUCAGUGAUGCCUGUCAAUGCCUCUCAGUGCCACCUACCAGUGUCUCCCCAUCAGUGUCCAUCAGUGCAGCCUCAUUAGUGCACAUCAGUGAA